AUGGGAGGAAACAUGUCACACAGUCUCUUCAGCUUCUUUAAAACACGACGAUCUCAAAGAGUGGAAGUAGACGCUUCUUGGGACGACGUCGUUUACACUCGCAAGGCAAUGGCUAGUGAUGAAGACAAACGUUACUGGGUGGCUGAACCAGGUAUUGACCGCAAAGCGUCUGCCUUUAUUGCCAAGUUUCAUGCCACUCGUGUCUCUGCGUCCCAGCGCCAAUCUCUCUCUUCUUAG